AUGGACAAGGAGAACAACAGUGGCCGCCGCGACCCACGGACAGUGUUGCGAUCCCCAUCACCGUCGCCACGGCUUUGCCGGAGCAAAAGUGGGAGCAAUUUAUCAUCCUUGACGACUACUCCAGAAAAUAGCUCCCGCAGGUUUGGAUCAAGUCAGAGAUUCGUCAGCAACACGAACCGCUCAAAAUCCACAUCAAAAACAAGAAGAACUUGCAACAAUGAAGACAGCACAACGAAUCCCUCUUCUUCAAGCGCUUCGGCUCGGAAGUCCCAAGAGAUCAUCUCUAACAGAAAUAACAGAUCAGAUGGAGUUGGAUCUUCAAAGAGGAUGACCGCGAAGUCUCCAUCGGCAUGGGCGUUAUCGCCGGGGCGGUUUCUCGGAUCUCCGGCGGCGUCAUCGUCGUCUGAGACGCCGGGGAAAGUGAAGAGUAACAGCAAUGGUGUGAGUAAGGUUUUGAGGUACUUCAGGCAAAAGAAAGUGUCAUCGGUGCAAGAAGAUGAGCAUCACAGGUUUAGGAUUUUGCAUAACAGAUUGUUGCAGUGGAGGUUUGUGAAUGCAAGGGCCGAGUCUGCCAUGGUUAAUGUAAAGAAAGCUUCAGAGGCUGACGUGGCCUCUCUGCAUGAAGCCAUGAAAACAGCCUUAGAAAUAAUGGAGACCAUUGAUCCACUCAUAAGAAAAUAUCAAUCUCAGGUUGAUGGAAUUCUUUAUCAAGUAACAGAACUCAGCACCAUAUCGAAACAAGAAGAGGAGCACUUUCAGGAACUCUUGAGAAUUAUGCCCAUCAUUUCUACUUCAAUGGUAAGCAAUGGGAAAAACAUUAAAAUUUGA